UAUCACCCCAGACCAAAGCUAGUUUUAAUUUUCAGCUAUGCGGUUCAAAGAAACAGAUCAGCUCCCUAUUAUUUCUCCUUCCCUCUCCCCAACAAGGUGGUGGUCGGAGGAGACAGUGGCGAUAGUGACUGGAGCAAACAAAGGAAUUGGGUUUGCCCUGGUGAAGAGAAUGGCGGAGUUGGGUCUGAAGGUGAUAUUAACAGCUAGAGACAUUGAAAGGGGUUGCAAGGCCGUGGAAGCACUUAGGGCUCAAGGUCUUCAUAACAUUACUUUUUUCUGCCUCGACGUUUCUGAUCCUUGUUCUAUCAAAACCUUCGUAUCCUGGUUCUCUGAAAACUUUGUAGCCUUGGAUAUUCUUGUGAACAACGCAGCAGUUUCGUUCAAUGAAAUCAAUGAAAAUUCAGUUGAACAUGCCGACACCGUAAUCAGAACCAAUUUCAAAGGACCAAAGUUACUGACUGAGGCUCUGUUGCCCAUGUUCCGUACCUCGUCAGCCAUCAGUCGAAUACUCAAUGUCAGUUCCAGACUUGGUUCCCUAAAUAAGGUGGGAAACCCUAGCAUAAGAGAGGUUCUACGAAGUGAGAAACUAUCGGAGGACGAUAUUGAGGGAGUUGUAGGUUUAUUUCUGGAACAAGUGAAGACUGGGACAUGGAAGACCCGAGGUUGGCCUGAACUGUGGACGGACUAUGCGGUGUCGAAGCUUGCACUGAAUGCCUAUACUAGGGUUUUGGCAAAGCGCUAUGAAGGAAGGGGUUUGAGUGUGAAUAGCUUCUGUCCCGGCUUCACUCAGACAUCGAUGACUCGAUGCAAGGGAGAUCACACCGCGGACGAAGCAGCCAUUGUUGCUGCUAGGCUGGCUUUACUUCCUCAGGAGAAAAUACAAAGUGGUAAGUUUUUCUUAUGGGGUAGUGGCAGUAGUACUAGUAUCAGCAGUAAUAAUAAUGUGGUGGUAUCGUCCAAGUUAUGACUUCAUAUAUGAUUCGAUCUUGAUUCCAUUAAUUUGGUGAACUGAGAUCAAGAACGUAGGCACCUUUCGCAUGUGAAAGCUAGGUUCUUGGUACGUAAUCCGGUCAUAUUUUGGUGCGUAAAAUUUUAUAAUUAAGUCGGUCGAAUAUGUGUAUAUAUCAUAUGUAUCCGGCGGAAUUGGUCUGGAGAUAAUGAACGACUUGGUGUCUUGGUCUACUCUUGAAAAUAAAAUUAUUGGACCACUGC